CCCUCCCUCCCGCCGGCCGGGGUGCGCGGGCAGCGGGGCGGCCCUCGGGCCAUGCGUUCGGUGCGGCCCAGCCCGGCCGGCCGGGGGCAGCGCCCCGAGCCCGGGCCCCGCUCGGCCCGCGCCCCCGGCCCCCGCUGAGCCCCAGGGACCCCGCCGUGGCCGAGGCCAUGUUCCCCGUGUUCCCUUGCACGCUGCUGGCCCCCCCCUUCCCCGUGCUGGGCCUGGACUCCCGGGGGGUGGGCGGCCUCAUGAACUCCUUCCCGCCACCUCAGGGUCACGCCCAGAACCCCCUGCAGGUUGGGGCUGAGCUCCAGUCCCGCUUCUUUGCCUCCCAGGGCUGCGCCCAGAGUCCAUUCCAGGCCGCGCCAGCGCCCCCACCCACGCCCCAGGCCCCGGCGGCCGAGCCCCUCCAGGUGGACUUGCUCCCGGUUCUCGCCGCCGCCCAGGAGUCUGCUGCUGCCGCCGCUGCGGCCGCAGCCGCCGCCGCCGCCGCCGCCGUUGCUGCGGCGCCCCCAGCCCCGGCCGCAGCUUCCACAGUGGACACAGCGGCUCUGAAGCAGCCGCCCGCACCCCCUCCACCGCCCCCGCCGGUGUCGGCGCCCGCUGCCGAGGCCGCGCCCCCUGUUUCUGCUGCAGCCACUGCCGUCGUAGCCCCAACCUCGACGGUCGCCGUGGCCCCGGUGGCAUCCGCCUUGGAGAAGAAAACAAAGAGCAAGGGGCCCUACAUCUGUGCCCUGUGCGCCAAGGAGUUCAAGAACGGCUACAAUCUCCGGAGGCACGAGGCCAUCCACACAGGAGCCAAAGCCGGCCGGGUCCCUUCGGGUGCUAUGAAGAUGCCCACCAUGGUGCCCCUGAGCCUCCUAAGCGUGCCCCAACUGAGCGGAGCCGGCGGAGGAGGGGGAGAAGCGGCUGCCGGCGGUGGAGCGGCCGCAGUGGCAGCCGGUGGCGUAGUGACCACGACCGCCUCUGGAAAGCGCAUCCGGAAGAACCACGCCUGUGAGAUGUGCGGCAAGGCCUUCCGCGACGUCUACCAUCUGAACCGACACAAGCUGUCGCACUCUGACGAGAAGCCCUACCAGUGCCCUGUGUGCCAACAGCGCUUCAAGCGCAAGGACCGCAUGAGCUACCACGUGCGCUCACAUGACGGCGCUGUGCACAAGCCCUACAACUGCUCCCACUGUGGCAAGAGCUUCUCCCGGCCGGAUCACCUCAACAGUCACGUCAGACAAGUGCACUCAACAGAGCGGCCCUUCAAAUGUGAGAAAUGUGAGGCAGCUUUUGCUACGAAGGAUCGACUGCGGGCGCACACAGUACGACAUGAGGAGAAGGUGCCAUGUCAUGUAUGUGGCAAGAUGCUGAGCUCGGCUUAUAUUUCGGACCACAUGAAGGUGCACAGCCAGGGCCCUCACCAUGUCUGUGAGCUGUGCAACAAAGGCUUCACCACAGCAGCAUACCUGCGCAUCCACGCGGUGAAGGACCAUGGGCUCCAGGCCCCGCGGGCUGACCGCAUCCUGUGCAAGCUGUGCAGCGUGCACUGCAAGACCCCUGCCCAGCUGGCCGGCCACAUGCAGACCCAUCUAGGGGCGGCCGCCCCCCCUACCCCGGGAGAUGCCCCCCAGCCACAGCCCACCUGCUGAGGGGGACCCCCGCACCCACCAGGUACCGGUGAGGUCUGUCCAGUGGCGGUGGCAGCAGCAGCAGCGGCAGCAGCAGCGGCAGCUGCAUCAGUGGCAGCCCCUCCCACAGCUGUGGGCUCCCUCUCUGGGGCUGAGGGGGUGUCUGUGAGCUCUCAGCCACUUCCCUCCCAGCCCUGGUGAACUCCUAGUUGGUGAUGGGGAGAGGGGAGAAUGGAGGAAAGCCCCUUGGUACCAUCUCCUCCCCACCCCACCCCCUUCCCACCAACUCCUCACUGCUUCCCCCACCACCCAAGGAGCCUCCUGAAGGAAAGGAGGAAGAAAUGUUUUCUUAGGGGAAUUCACUAGGUUUUAACAAUUUGUUUCUCCUGCUCCUUUCCCUCCCUAUCAAACCUGGCCCCACACACAUCUGUCCCCUUGGUUGUGUUGAAGCUCCCUGGACAGUGGGCAGGGGUGGCAGAGGACAGGAGUGGCCACUGCCCUCACCCCCUCUCCUCUCUGUAACCCCCUGCGCCCUGCCCUUCCGGGGAUUUGUGAGCCUUCUCCCUUGAUGGUCCUUCUUGCUCUCCUUCCAGUCCCCCCCCCCCCUACUGUCUGCUGCCCCUCCCUGGGGAGUUGGUGCUUUUUUUUUUUUCCAGGGGGAGGGAGGAGAGAAAGGAGGGGAAUCAAAGAUUCUGUCCUAGAGAGGGGAAAAGGUGAGAUUUGAGAAGGGGCAGAAGCAGGGAAGGCAAAGGUGUACCUUCUUCAUAAGGUGGGGUUGUUUAGGGUCAGGCCCUAAGCAUCAUCCUACUUAAGAAUCUGUCAGGGGAAAACAAGUCAAGGGGAGCAAAAGGAGCCACUUAGGCCAGAGGCAAGAUGAGAUGAAACCUUAGGAGGCCAGGGUAAAUAGGGGGAUCCAGGGACUAGAGGUGCUGCCUGGGGGUGGGGGGAAGGCAGCUGUGGUGUCUCCCCCUUUCCUCUUCCACCCCAGCUCCAGCCCUGGCCUUUUCAUCCCUCUCCCCUAAGAUAGAAGGUGUGGCCCUGGCCAUGUCAUCGUGUUCCUGUGUCCCCUGCAUGUUCUCUACCCUUCACCCCCUCCUCUUGGCGUGGAUCCCAUUACAAUAAAUUUUAAAUAAAAAUCUG